AUGGACACUCGUUCAAACUUGAAAGUCAUCAUUGUGGGUGCGGGCAUCGGAGGCCUGACUUGCGCCAUCGCUUGUCGAAAAGAGGGUUUCGAGGUUGUGGUUCUCGAGAGUGCCAGCAGAAUCGUUCCGAUGGGUGCGGGCAUCCAGGUACCACCCAACGGCACGAAAGUUGCACGGCAGUUGGGGUUUCUGGACAGGCUACGCAAGGUAGCAGUCACGGUUGAUGGGGUUGAGCUCCGCAGAUAUGAGGACGGCAAGAAGCUGUGCGAAAUUACCGAGGCACAGUGUCGGGCAGUAUACGGCGAUCCUUGGAUGGUCGCCCAUAGAGCCGAUUUCCAUAACGUGUUGUGGCGGACAUGUCAAGAGCUGGGCGUGAGCCUUAACUUGAACAUGGAAGUCGAGAGAAUUGAUUUCGAUAACAACACAGUGUACAUGGAAGACGGCGAUGAGAUUUCUGGAGAUCUCAUUGUCGGGGCUGAUGGUCCUCAAUCCGUAUGCCGCGCUCAACUCAGUGGGAAGCCUUCGCCUCUGAUUGAGACUGGCGAUGUCGCUUAUAGGGCGGUGUUCCCAGUCGAGCAACUCAUGGCUCUGGGUGACCCUCAGAUCAAUGAUCUCUGCGCGCAGAACCGGGUUGUGAUGUGGCUGGGCCCCAAUCAACACACUAUUUUCUACCCUGUCAGAGGAGGGCGACAGAUCAAUCUCAUUUUGAUCCGGCAAAACUACCAGGAACACGAGCACCCACACACGGGAAGUGAUGUGGCAGAGAUGAGAGACUGCUACGCCGGUUGGGAUGAGACGUAA